AUGGUCAACUCCACGGUCUACCUGCCGGACGGGCAGCACUUCACCGUCGUGCCUGUCUUUGCCGGCCUCCUCUUCAAGUCCAACGAGCUCAACCCGCACCACUCGCCCUAUCCAGUCGGGUGGACAAUCGUUCUCCAUACCGACGAUGGCGACGAGGGCGGCACGCCGUCAGGCUCGGCCGGUGCGCACGGCCGCGGCGUGCACGCCUUUUCGCGCCCCACGCUGCAGGGCGACUCGCUCUUUCUCUCCUCCGUCAACCAGCCCAGCAGCGCCGAGUUCAAGCCGGCCGCCAGCCCGACGCGCCUGGCCGCCAUGAUGCUGUGGGUGUCGCUCUACUGGUACUUCCAGCAGCCGGCGCCGGAUGUGCUGCUGCCGCCGACGGCACACUCGAGCGGGACGCCGCUGGAUGGGCGGCCGCGGGGCGAGUGGCGGAUCCGGGUGAAGCGGGACGGCAUGCUGCGGGUGCGGAACCUGAUUCCGAAGCUGGAGCGGAUGGGGCUGAUUGUGACGCUGGAGUCGUCGGUCGUCUGCGGCAGCACCACGAACGGCAGUGGUGGUGGUGGGCCGGGCGGCAGCGACACGCCCCGGGCCACGUUUGGCGACGACGACGGAUGGGACCACAUGUAUGUCACGCGCAGCAUGUUUUGGCAGAUCCCGCCGCAGCUGUUCCUCUUCUCUCUGCAGCCCGUCAAGCCGCACGACCACCAUCGCGGACUGAGCGGCGGCAACCUGUCGUCGUUCCCUGGGUCGCCCAUGGCCAGCCGGCCGUCCUCGCCUGGUUCGCCCGAGUUGGGCGAUGCGAGGAAGGCAACGCCGCAAACACUUGGCAUCGGCGAGGCCGCCGAGCUGGCCGACAGCCUAUCCUUGUCCACCGUCGCGACCAACACAGCCGUGCCGGUGGCUGCUCCGUACGCCGUCACCUCCCUCCCCGGCAGCCAGUCGGCCACCCCCACGCCGCCCAUGCUCGCGUCCGUCCAGAGCUUCCCCAUGGGCCCGUUUUACUCCACCUCCCACCUGCCCACCUACUACCCGCCGAGCCCGCUGCGCUACACCAUGACCGGCAAUGUGCGCCACCCGGCCCGCCCACGUCCGCCGCGCAUGGGCGAGGUCUUUUACAACCGCUACAUCCCGUCGGUCCAGCAGUUCCUGUCGUUGCGCGUGGCCUCGCUGUCGCCGCACCCGGUGCCGUACUACGGACCGAGAGCGUCACCGGGCACAGGCGCGUCGUCGGCGCCCCCUGCCGACCGCGCCGCCCUCCUGGCCACCCUCUCCGACGACGCCCUCCUCCAGACCUGGAUGGCCGUGCCGCGCGUCCACAAGUUCUGGGGCGACUACUCGCCCGCCUUUUUGCGCACCGCCCUCGCCAGCCGCCACUCGUUCCCCGUCAUCGGCCUCUGGGACGGCGUCCCCUUUGGCUACUUUGAGCUGUACUGGGUCAAGGAGGACACCUUGGGCCUGCUAAUUGGCGCCCAGGCCGACGACUUUGACCGCGGCCUGCACGUCUUUGUGGGCGAGGAGUGGGCGCGCGGCCGUGUGGCGCUGUGGCUCACGAGCGUCGUGCAGUGGCUGUUUACGAGCGACUACCGGUGCAUGAGCGUGUGCAUGGAGCCGCGCGUCGACAACGAGCGGUUCAUUGCGCACCUGCAGGCGGCGGGCUUCAACAAGCAGCGUGAGAUUACGUUCCGGCACAAGCAGUCGUGGUUUGGACGGCUGCACCGCGACGGCUGGGAAGGGCCGGCGCUGUAA